CACGUAAUACUUGAACGGCCCGUAAGUUCCACUUCAAAAAUUCUCAUUCUCAUCGUAAAGUUAAAAAAGCUCGCACGGAAAACUUUUGGGAACCACCGUUCCCGAUUUAAGCCACCCAAUUCGAGCUGAGCGAAGAGGGGGACGCCCUCCCCUGAAUCUCCUUAGCGUCGGGACGUAGAGCGUCCCGACGAUCUGUAGCUAAUAGGACAGCGUCGACCUCUGAUCGUUCAUAGGCAAAGGUAGGUACCGAUUCGCGCUACCCCUAAAACGCUAAGGGUAAGAAAAUGGUGGUUGUGACAGUGACUCGUGCGGUAACACGCGGGGGGUGGCUAAGUGUACGGGGGGAGGGGGAUGACCGUAUAUGGCAGUGCGGCUUGCGCAGAGUGGUGGCCUUUCGUCUUCUUCGUACUAAGCCAGUCUACCAAAGCCCUCCAUCAUGGACGCGAUCAAGAAGAAGAUGCAAGCGAUGAAGCUUGAAAAGGACAACGCGGCCGACAAGGCCGACGCGAUGGAGGGUCAACUGAAGGACGCGACCGCCAGAUGCGAAAAGAUCCAGGAGGAGGUUCAGACCUCACCAAAAAACUCAGCCAGGUCGAGAACGACCUCGUCUUCAACAAACAGCAGCUCGAGAACGCCAACAAGGAGCUGGACAACAAAGAAAAGCUCCUCACGCAGGCUGAAUCAGAAGUAGCUGCACUGAAUCGCAAAGUCCAGCUGAUUGAAGAAGAUUUGGAACGCUCUGAGGAACGUUUGGCCACAGCUACCACAAAACUUGCAGAAGCUUCCCAAGCAGCCGAUGAAAGCUCACGUAUGUGCAAAGUAUUGGAGAACAGGUCCCAGCAGGAUGAGGAACGUAUGGACCAACUGACCAACCAGCUGAAGGAAGCCCGUCUAUUGGCUGAAGACGCUGACAACAAAUCUGAUGAAGUAUCCCGCAAGCUGGCCUUCGUUGAAGAUGAGCUGGAAGUAGCUGAAGAUCGUGUCAAGGGUGGAGAUGCCAAGAUCAUGGAACUGGAAGAGGAAUUGAAAGUCGUAGGAAACUCACUGAAAUCUCUGGAAGUAUCCGAGGAGAAGGCCAACCAGCGUGUAGAAGAGUUCAAGAAGCAAUUGAAGAGUCUCACUGUCAAGCUAAAGGAGGCUGAGGCACGUGCUGAAUAUGCUGAGAAGACCGUCAAGAAACUCCAGAAGGAAGUUGAUAGGCUUGAAGAUUUCGUGCUGAGGGAAAAGAACAAAUAUAUGGGCAUUGUGACAGAGAUAGACAAAACCUUUGUCGAAAUGUCCUCGCUUGGACAAAAGAAAUAAAUUGCCGAUAUAUCAUUUACUAUUUACUAACUUCCUGUGUUGAUAUAAUUUGUUUGUAUUUCGAUUUGCCACUGGAUUUGUACAACGUUCGUUGCUUAAUUCAGUUAAAAAAAUACACUUGGACCUUAACUUCCUAUUAUUUAAUCGUUUUUUUAUUAAUUAUUUCUAACUGGUUGAUGUCAUAUAAAAAUCGUUUCUUGCUUAUUCUCAAGAAAUACAUUAGCAUAGAGUCUUCAAUGUAUUCUACGAAUUAAUUCGAAUUUACAGAAAGGAUACUAUUAUAUCAACACACCCUUAUUUAUUGUAUUAUUCUGUAUAUACUUGUCACUUUCAAUGCUUUGUGAUUAUAUAUUUUGUACUUAGAAGAAUGCUUGUAGUUUAGGCUUAAUGCAAACUAACUUAUUUUGACAGCUGAUGCUUAUAUUUGCCGCUUAAGGAAAGCUCAAGAUGAACUUGGCAUCAACAAAGACAGAUACAAGUCCCUGGCCGAUGAGAUGGACUCCACCUUCGCUGAACUGGCUGGUUAUUAAUUUUUUCAAAAUAAUCUUGAAUACCUUAAGCAUCCACCAUACUGUCCAGGAACGGUACCACUGCAAUUUCCUGGUUUAAAAUGUAAUAUAUUGUAUUUCAGCAUCGUUAUAUCUACUAUAUUGUAUGAGAACAUAUGUGACAUUAUUCUAGGUUAUAUUGUUUUUGGAAAAGCCAUUAAAAGUAAAUAUAAAUGCAUUGUAUUUAUUGUUUACUAUCUCGCUUCGGUUUUGUCUAAUAAAAUUAUUUUAUUUGUUGAA